CGCGCGCGCAGUCACUCGCCCGCACUGGGUCGCGGCGCCGCGGGGGUGUGUGGGGGAGGCGGCCCCGCCUCCACUCUCGCAAACCCCGUCACCUCAGCGUCUGCGGCCACACCCCCAGCGGGGGGCGGGGGGCGUCUUUAAGAGCCCGCCGCCGCCGCCCGCUCGGUCGGGCUGAGCGCCUGGAGGCCCGGGGAUUGUUCCUGAGGCGCUCGCCGCCGCCUGCGCCUCGCGCCGCCCGCCCGCCGGGGGCUCCACCGCCCUCGCCUCCGCCGCGCUAGCCCGCCGGCCCGGCGCUCGCAGCUCCUCCGCGCGCCCGCCGGGAGCCCGCGUCCCUCGCGCUGCUCCCCCGGCGCCCGAGGUGGCCGCCUCGGGCUAUGGUGACCUCUCAGGAGGAGCCCGCCGCCGAGCGGGGGCCGAGCGAGACGCAGCCGCCCGGCCCCGAGGCGGCCGCCGAGAAGGUGGAGUUAGAUCUGGCGGGGCCGGCGGGCGCCGAGCCCCCUCAGCCUCCUGAAGGCGGCCGCGGCUGGUUGGUGAUGCUGGCGGCCAUGUGGUGUAACGGGUCGGUGUUCGGCAUCCAGAACUCCUGCGGGGUGCUCUUCGUGUCCAUGCUGAAGACCCUGGGCUCCACGGACGAUGACCUGAUGGUCUUUAAGACAGCAUGGGUAAGUUCUCUCUCCAUGGGGAUGAUUUUCUUUUGCUGCCCGAUAGUCAGCGUCUUCACAGACAUAUUUGGUUGUCGGAAAACAGCCGUCGUGGGUGCUGCUGUUGCGUUCAUUGGACUCUUGUCCAGUUCUUUUGUAAGUUCCAUCGAGCCUCUGUACCUUACCUAUGGAAUCAUAUUUGCCUGUGGCUGCUCCUUUGCAUACCAGCCUUCACUGGUCAUUCUGGGACACUAUUUCAAGAAGCGCCUUGGACUGGUGAAUGGCAUUGUCACUGCUGGCAGCAGUAUCUUUACAAUUUUGCUGCCUUUCCUUUUAAGGGUUCUGACUGACAGCGUGGGCCUCUUUUAUACACUGAGGAUCCUCUCCAUCUUCAUGUUUGUUCUCUUUCUGGCUAGCUUCACCUACCGACCUCUUGCUUCCAGUGCCAAAGAUAAAGAGAGUGGAACCGAAGGAAGCAACAGAUUCUCCCUCUUUUCCAGGAGAAAGUUCAGUCCUCCAAAAAAAUUUUUCAAUUUUGCCAUCUUCAAGGUGACAGCUUAUGCAGUGUGGGCCGUUGGAAUACCACUUGCACUUUUUGGAUACUUUGUGCCUUAUGUACACUUGAUGAAAUAUGUCAAUGAAAGAUUUGAAAAUGGAAAAAACAAAGAGGUGGUUCUCAUGUGCAUCGGCAUCACUUCAGGAGUUGGACGGCUGCUCUUCGGCCGGAUUGCAGACUAUGUGCCUGGCGUGAAGAAAGUUUACCUACAGGUGCUUUCCUUUGUCUUCAUUGGUCUCAUGUCCAUGAUGAUUCCCCUGUGUAAUGACUUUGGGGCCCUCAUUGCUGUAUGUCUCAUCAUGGGUCUCUUCGAUGGAUGCUUCAUUUCCAUUAUGGCCCCCACUGCCUUUGAGUUAGUUGACACCUGGGAUGUCUCUCAAGCAAUUGGAUUUCUGCUCGGAUUCAUGUCUAUACCCAUGACUGUGGGCCCACCCAUUGCAGGGUUACUUCGUGAUGAGCUGGGCUCCUAUGACGUGGCAUUCUACCUCGCUGGAAUCCCCCCCCUUAUUGGAAGUGCUGUCCUUUGUUUUAUCCCGUGGAUCCACAGUAAGAAGCAAAGAGAGAUCAGUAAAACCACUGGAGGAGAAAAAAUGGAGACAAUGCUGGAGAACCAGAACUCUCUGCUGUCAAACUCAUCUGGAAUCUUUAAAAAAGACUCUGACUCUGUUAUUUAAUGUCUUAUAUACCUCCACCAGACUGGAUUUGCUUUCAGAAUUUUAAACAGUUUUCCCUUUUAUAUGAAUUGCAAAUUUCUUAUUUUUUAAUCACAUCCUGAGAAUAGCACAGCAAUUGGAAAAUAGAGCCCUGAUUACUCCAAGAACCAUUUUCUGCCACCAAAUAGCCGUUCGGUAUUUCCAUGAGUCUGAGGGCAGAGACUUGGGUACAUGGAAGCAUGUCUGAAAGUCAAAUAUUGUGAGAAUUUGAAGCUAUUUCAGUAAAAAGCAACUCUGGAAACUGUGAAUGUAUUUAGCUUGUACAAAUAUUUAAAAAUACCUCAAGCUAUACUGAAAGGGUUGCAGUUUGGUUAGGACUGGAAAUAUUUUUUGUUGUCUUACAUGGCGUUUUGAGUUCUGGUAUCUCUGUUUUAAUUUCUUCUGCUAUUUGGAAACUUUUUACAAAAUUUAAGCUUGGAUUCUAGACAAUGUCAGAUUUACCUAAACCUCAA